CCUCAACUCAUAAUGUUUUGCACCCGAAGAAAGGUGCUCCAAGCAAUCUUCAUUAUUUGGUUGAAAAGAAAACCAUACUCCAUUCAUCAGCCAUCCGUCAACCAAGAAUCAUUUGAACCAAACGAUACUGUACCAUGGACAACAACCGCCGCAAGCAUCCCUACGAUAGUCGUAACCUGAACAGAGUAUGGAGGAUUCCCUCGACGAGUACUGCUACCAGCAGUCGAAGCAGAGCCAGGAGCGUGCGAAAUACUACUGCAGACAGCACGGUAUCCAAAGUGGGGCCGCUCAUUACCACGGACCAUUUCACAUCCCUCAUUGACAAGGAUAUCGAAGAAGAGAAUGUUGAUCUGGCCAUUGAUACAGCUGUUGUGGAUAUGCUCGGUGUCUACAUGGACUGCGGACUCUUCAAGCGGAGUCCCAUCGUGAGAGAGUACAUCAAAAAGGGACAACGAAAUGGAACAUCGUGGUUCUUCCAGGACGUGGAGGGAGCAGCCAACAACAAGGAAGAUGAGAGCCGCAAUGACGACGAUCCGAAAGCCUGUCAUCAAGAUGGAGUGGAACCGGACGAGUACUGGGAGAAUCUCAAGAGAAACACCAAGCUCUCGCAGGCUCCGCUGGCCAUGACCACAACACUGUGUGACCGGAUUCAGAGUUUGCCCGAACGAAAUGUCACCAUCUACAUUCGACUGGACGAACAAGUUCCCAAGAACUCGUGCACUGCGUACGAAGUGGACUGGGACCGGUUCCUUGAGCUCAAGGAACGUGGCGAAAAGGGCUUGGAUACCGAUGAGGACGACACUACCCCGCCGGAGAAUCUGUUUCGCUGCUUUCGACUGUGCUCCCGCCAAGAGGGUCUCUUCAGUCGAAGUGAAUGCAUUGUCGGAACCUUUGCUUCGGCGUGUUUGCAUCCCUACACUCUCAUUUCCUCCUCGCCCCAGUCGUCGGGAAUGACCAUUACCACCAAGAGCGAACGACAGCUUCUCGACAGCGUUCCCACUCGAGAGCCACCCUUUCGACCCGUACGAUUGCUAUUGGAUCGUCCCGAAGACGUUUGCACCGCCGAACUACAAUUCUACUUGACACGAAUGGGAUUGUCCGAAGUGGUAGAAGCCCAUCCUCUUUUGCAAGAACUCCAUGACGCCACCGAACUUGACUUCUUUCUCGAUGACCCGGAUGACGAUGCCGCAGCAUCCCGGGACGAUUGGACGGAACAACGAGAAGGAGGAGGAUCCAUUCCACACCGUGAAGUAAUGCCAUCCUUUUUGGCAAACAACACCAUUGACGAAGAAGGAAACGAGCGGUUGGGAGAAGUCUUGUCAGACGGGUACACAUGGAAUAGCCUGUUGAAUACCAGUGUUCCCUUUAUCUGUCUGGAUUAG